UGAUCUUCCACGAGUACUGUGAUGCCAAAAAAAAAAAAAAAAAAAAAAAAAAAGAAUAGACGUUAGGAAGUAACGGCUAGAUUUUGGUUUAAACUUCAAAAACUCGUUUCAGAUUCCUACCACUCUCUUUCUCUCUCUGCUCUCAAGAAUUCCCAAAUCGAGCUUGUUCUCUCUAUCGAGUCUGGGUUCUCUUUCAUAUGGCUCCUACGCCAUCUUCUAAAGCAAACCAAACCCACCAGACCCAUAUGAAGACUCCACAAUCGAAGCUUCGCAUUCAUUUCAAUGCCACAAAAACAAAUCGUUCUCCGAAUCUGAACGCAGCGCCCAAAGAAACCCCACAAGACCACCCGGUCGAAGUAAUUGGCCGGAUCCGCGACCACCCGGAUCGAAAAGACAAAGCCGCUUCGGUUUUGCACAUCAAUUCCAACAACCACUCUAUCCGGGUUCGGGCUGAUUUUGGCUACCGGGACUUUUGCUUCGAUGGGGUUUCUUUGUCAGAAGAAGAGGACCUUGAUGUCUUUUACAAGAAGUUCGUGGAGUCCAGGAUUAGCAGUGUGAAGUUAGGGGACAAAUGUACGAUAAUGAUGUACGGGCCGACUGGUUCGGGCAAGAGUCACACAAUGUUUGGGUGCUUGAAGCAGCCGGGGAUUGUGUACCGGUCUUUGAGGGAUAUUCUUGGGGAUGCGGAGGAAGAAGUUGAUUCCAACGGCGCGCUUGGAACGUUUGUGCAAGUUACGGUCUUGGAGAUUUAUAACGAAGAAAUUUAUGAUCUUUUGUCGAGCAAUGGUGGGGGAGGAUUAGGCCUUGGAUGGCCGAAGGGCAGUGCAUCCAAGGUGAAACUUGAAGUAAUGGGAAAGAAGGCAAAGAAUGCAGCGUAUAUUUCAGGAAAUGAUGCCGGAAAGAUUUCGAAAGAGAUACAAAAAGUGGAGAAGCGAAGGAUUGUUAGAAGUACCCUCUGUAAUGAUAGAAGUUCUCGAAGCCACUGCAUGAUAAUCCUUGAUGUCCCAACAGUGGGAGGACGCCUGAUGCUUGUAGACAUGGCGGGAUCUGAAAAUAUUGAGCAGGCUGGUCAAAUUGGAUUCGAGGCAAAAAUGCAGACAGCAAAAAUCAACCAAGGAAACAUAGCAUUGAAAAGAGUGGUUGAAUCCAUUGCAAAUGGUGAUUCUCAUGUGCCAUUUAGAGAUAGCAAAUUGACCAUGCUUCUGCAGGAUUCUUUUGAGGAUGACAAAUCAAAAAUUUUAAUGAUACUCUGUGCAAGCCCAGAUCCGAAGGAGAUACAUAAGACGAUCUCCACCCUUGAAUAUGGAGCAAAAGCAAAAUGUAUUGUCCGUGGCCCUCAUAUGGCAAUUAAGAAUAAAAUUGGCACUGAAGAUUCUUCAUCUGCAGUCAUUUUGGGAUCAAGGAUUGCUGCCAUGGAUGAAUUUAUCUUGAAGCUACAACGGGAGAACAAACUAAGAGAGAAAGAGCGAAAUGAAGCACACAAAGAGCUCUUGAAGAAAGAAGAAGAAGUUGCUGCACUGAGAGCUAGACUUGAGCAAUCUGGAGCAAGUGAGGAGGAGAUCAACUUAAAGGUGAAUGAGAGGACUCAGAUUCUGAAACAUGAGCUAGAAAAGAAAUUGGAGGAGUGCCAACGAAUGACCAAUGAGUUCGUUGAAUUAGAAAGGAGAAGAAUGGAAGAAAGGAUAUUGCAGCAACAAAAGGAAGUUGAAAUCCUGAGACAGAGGUUGGAGGAGAUUGAGUCUGAGCUAUGCCAUUCAAGGGAUGCAAGUGGUGAUGAAAGUGCAUCAAAGGACAUGGAUGGAAGUGGAUUUGCCAAAAGAUUAUUGCGGAUAUAUACCAAUGAGGACCCAGGAAUGGUAAAAUCAAUGGAUUUGGACAUGGAUGACCAAGAACCAGUUAUUCAUGAGGUGAAACAUGUUGGCGGAUUUGUUUGUAAACCUGCUGGAAUCCAAGGUAUUUUGGAUCAUUCUCACCCAGUGGAUCAUGCUAUUUUUGCAACAAAAUUGGGGGACAAGGUAUGUUUAAGCACGGUAUUCGAGGAAGAAGAAGGGGAGGAAGAACAGGAGGAGAGAGUGUUAGAUGAAGAAGUGGACAAAGAAAUCAUAGAGGAAAAGGUAUGUACCGUCGAUCAGUGUAGCUCUGCAAUCAGAUUUGAGCGGACACAAACUCAGCGGAGCAGAAGUCCAAGGAUAAAAGACUAUCUGAAGGAUGCAUUAGAGGAUAGGUUUAUGGGGUCAGAAUCAAUAAGCGAACCAGAAAAUGCUAAGGAAUCUGCCUCUUCUAGACGAUUGAGAAUCCAAAACAUAUUCACGCUUUGUGGUAAUCACAGAGAGCUGUCUCAACACAUCAGAAACCCAGUACCCAAAAGGAGCGCUGGAACCUCCGAUCCUCAAUCAUCUCCAGUAAUGAAAAAUGGGGAGGAUUCUGUAGUGAAUUUAAGUAAGGAAAAUUUGGAGGUCCAGAAAAGCGUGCCCAUUCCAGGAUUUGUAGCAACAAGUCAGGUACCUACUGUAGAGCCACUUACAUCAGUUAAAGAAGUGAAUGAGCAGAAGUUGGCAGAAUCACAGUUGAACAAACCAGUAUUUAAUGAUAUGGCUUUGGCUUCAAAGGAGAACUACAACCCCUCAUAUGAUGGCAACAAUGCACAGAUUGACGUCCAUGUGAAAUGGGAGGCUUCCAGGGAAAAUCCAGGAAAGUUCAUUACCACACUGAAGGUGGUAAAGGACGCAAGCCUUGCUGACUUGAGGAAGUUGAUUGAAAUCCAUCUUGGUUCAGACAAUCAAGCAUUCACUUUUCUUGUGCUCGGUGACCAGACUGGAGCUCCAGUUCCAAGGGAGAAGGAAGGACUGAUACAGGCCAUCAAACUUCCCCUUUGCAACAAGAAGGUGAAUGGCCACUUAGCUUGCUUGAGAUCAGCAAAGGGAGUACAAUGCCCUAGUCAUCUUUCACAAAGUCCGCUCCCAUUGAGGCCACUAGAGAACAAAUUGCCACUCACCCCAAACUCCCGCUGCUGGCAGCCAGGUGACAGUUUAUCACCAAACUACAGUUCCACCCCCUAUAUUACUGAUCGAAGGCAUCCGUUUGAGCAACUUUAGUCACGUGUGAACUUUCAAACAGGGUUGUGACGCGCAUACCUUUGUAUUAUAGUAGGCUAACAUUGUACCUUAGUGUGUUAAUAGUUAAAUGUUCUUUCUCA